AUGGAUCGAUCUUUCGCAUCGAUUCAAACAAACGUAGCGGUGACAACGACCACAACUACAACGACCUCGACAAAAUCAACCAUAACUAAAAAUAUAAAUCCCGAAAGUAUUGUCAUUAAAAAUUUAUCGGAUGGCGAAACAGUGACCUACAGUUUGGUCCUGAUACGAGGGCAAGCACCAUCUUGCUGUACUAAAAUAAACAUCCGUACUCAGCAGCAUCACAAUCUAAAAUCCGGGUUGGUGACAGAGUGGCCCAUUAUUGCCGGAGAGUUUCGUAUCCUGGUGGAUUUAUCACGUGGAAUAAAUAAACUCCAGCUGGAGACUGCUAAUGGAAUUAAAAAACAAUUGACACUGAUUCACGAGCCGAAAAAGUCUCGACUUCGAGUUACGCCGAUUUAUGUAAUUUGUGCAGGUCACGAUGGAUAUUUUCAGGGUCCAACAAGUGAGGACUGUUCUCCGGAGAGCGCAGCAACCAGAAUUGGGCUUGGAGCCCGUUUAUUACAGUCAUUAACCGCUGAAAAGUUGCAAGAAGCCGGACACGCUCGGAAGACAUUUCAGUUGGAGCGAGAUCUCGACGGGCCCGAGUGCUUGGUAAUGCACAGCAUGCUCAAUGUGGACACCGCGAGAGCUAUGAAUCAGCACGAGCUCUGGGAAUUUGUAGGUCGCGAAAUAAUGAAAGGUCCGCUCGCUUCUAGAGACAGAAAAUAUUUGGCAUUUUUAUCUUGUACCAAGUACAGAGGAGCUCCGAGUCCUAGAACACAUGAGGCAACUCUGGCAAGCACCCAAGGGCACGCUGCUCUUGGUGGUGGUGGUCUCGCACUAUUCGGAUCUGCGUGUCUUCACACUUGGCCUACAACUCUUAAUCAGGUGUUAGCUAAAUUUUUAGACAAGACAAUAAUUGACACAGACGUCCUCAUGGAUGACAGUAAUUAUCGCGGUACUUACGGCGGGUGUCUGGCAACAACUCUUGGCUCUGUGCUUCAUGAGCUUGCUCACACCUUCGACUUGGGUCACACCCGCCAGGGCAUUAUGGGCCGUGGAUUCAACUACGUUGAUCAUGUCUUCAUCGGCAAAGGUGUUGUCAUCAAAAAAUCCCCUGGUAAUACAGACAACAAUCGCAAUCCUCGCAACGGAGAUCUCCAACGCUCUACAAUAACCCUCAGCAAACCGCUAAGUGUCACUGUUACUAUUAAUAACAGUAAUAACAAUAAUAACAAUCAGUCUAUUACGAGCCUAGCAAAUUCUAAAGCUCCAAGACCAUGCGUUUUGCCGGAAUUGUUUGGAGAUAAUUCUAAAACAAAGGAUCUCGUAGUUAAUGAAAAUUCAAUAAAUCGAACAAGUCCGGACAUUGAUUUGCAAUUUAGUCAUCAUAAUACAUAUGUAUUUGAAACUUCCUUUUGUCAGCCUGAUAAAAUAUUUUGGGGGCCUUCUUGUGCAACUAUUCUCGCUUAUCACCGAUGGUUUGCUGGAGACAAUGAGAAUGAAAUAAUAAAUGAUAAUAAUUCUCACUAUUAUCGCAAUAAUUCUCUAAUUGAAUAUAUUGCCAAGAGAAAUGUUAUAAGAUCAUCGUUUGGAAUUCGCGUUAUAGAAUUACGCGACGUGUCUACUGGUAUGGUAAUAAACUACCGUCAAUUUCCAGGCGCACGUCCACCCCUAGAAGCCGUUGUUCCUCCACUAUCUUCGCCACUAGCUCACACCUGUUACGACGCUCCAUUGGUAAUUUUUGCCGAAGAUUCAGUGGGUAAUGUACUAAACAUUACCGCUUCCUUACACACUCCAGAGUUUUAA